GGGAGGAGCGCCAGGAGGAGCGGGAGAAGGAGCGGGAGGAGGAGUGGGAGAAGGAGCGGGGACGGAGCUAUGGCACGGGAAGAGGAGCGGAAGAAGGAGGGGGAGCAACCGGGGGAGGAGCAGGAGAAGCAGCGGGAGAAGGAGCAGGCGGAGUGGGAGGAGCAGCAAGAGGGGGAGCGGGAGGAGAGGGAGGAGAGGGAGAAGGAGAGGGAGGAGGAGCGGGAGAAGGAGCAGGAGCGGGGCUAUGGCGGGAUCUUUGUCACGUUGUUUGGCGGAGGAGCGGCAGGAGAAGUGGGAGGAGCGGGAGAAGGGACGGGAGGAGUGGGAGAAGGAGCGGGAGGAGUGCAAGGGGAAACGGGAAGGGGCGGAGGAGGUGCGGGUGGAGGAGCGGGAGGAGUGGGAGGAGGAGCGGCAGGGAAAACGGGGAGGCGGUUAGGAGCGGGACGAGCACAAGGGGAAACGGGAACGGGCGGAGGAAGCGCCGGAAGAGGAGCAGGAGAAGGAGCGUAAGAGUUCAAA